UCCUCUCUGACACUUGUUGCGUCCGCCCGGAGACGCAUCGUCAGACGCGGGGAGUGAUGAACGCCAUCGAUCCCGAGUCCCAUCACCAGCACCACACCUCACCCACCGUCGGCUCCCUCCCACCGAAGGAGGCCCCGGACAUGGCGGCCGUCUACUGCGACAGCUUCAGCAGCAUGUACCACCAGCAGACGCCGCAGAGAGCCGCCGGCUACGGCCUGCCAGACUACGCCGCCUCCUCGAACCCCUACCUGUGGCUGAACGGAGCCGGGGUCAACUCGUCCGCCUCCUACCCGCCGCCCUUCGUCCCGCCCUCCUACGGCGCGCAGCGGCAGUUCAACUCCCCGGGCUUCGGCGGCCCGGACCUCGGCUGGCUCUCCAUCGCCAGCCAGGAGGAGCUGCUGAAGCUGGUGCGUCCGCCCUACUCCUACUCGGCGCUCAUCGCCAUGGCCAUCCAGAACGCGCACGACAAGAAGCUGACCCUCAGUCAGAUCUACCAGUACGUGGCCGACAACUUCCCCUUCUACAAGAAGAGCAAGGCGGGGUGGCAGAACUCGAUCCGACACAACCUGUCCCUCAACGACUGCUUCAAGAAAGUCCCGAGGGACGAGGACGACCCGGGGAAAGGCAACUACUGGACGUUGGACCCAAACUGCGAGAAGAUGUUUGACAAUGGAAAUUUCCGUCGGAAAAGGAAGAGGCGAUCGGACACGAGCAGCUCGGCGGGAGCGGCCACGACGAAGGUGGAGGACAGCAGGCAGGUCAUGUCCGCCUCGGUGAAGCCCACAGACCUCAGUCCUCAGCUGCUGGGCCCGGCGUCCCCCGACAUGGAGGCCCUCACUGAGAAGAGCAGCUCCCCGCCCAGCGCUCCCUGCUUCAAUAACUUUUACAGCAGCAUGUCGACGCUGGGGCCGGGGGCCUCCGGCAGGCAGGGCUCCCUGGGGCUGCUCAACGAGCUGUCCAGCAGGAACAUUACGGCCCUGGGGCCGUACCACUCCGGCCACGGCGGCCAGGAGGCUGGGGCCCCCGAGCACGGCGAGGGCCUGCAUUUCAACCGUGGAGUCUACUACAACACGUUUGGCGGCGGACAGAGCGGACAGUUCAACGGCCACUUCUACAACAGCUUCAGCGUGAACAGUUUGAUUUAUCCCCGAGAAGGAUCCGAGCUAUAGGAACAGACUUUUUUUUUAAUCCUUUUUAUUUUUUAAAGUGCAUUUAGUUUUGCCAAGCACUCAACUUCAGCGUUAAAAAAAGCACUUACUUUCUUCUAUAUCUGCUCUGUUACUUUGCUUUUGAGGGUUUUCAGCAGUAGUCUAUCACUGUAUAUUCUCAUUUUUUACAUUGUAAAAUAUUGACAAAAUAUUUUUUUUUGUUUUUUUCUUUCACCAAUUUGGCAAGACAGACCAGCCAAAUGCCUCCAGCCUGCCAAAGUUGCCUUUUCGGUGCCACUCUUACCUCACAAGACGCUCCACACAUGAUCAAUUUCAACAUCCAAAUGCAGUAAAUUGAAAUCAAAGCAGGACCAUCCUCCCUCCACUCCGCCUGAAACUGCAGCACUAAUGUAAAUAAAGUGGACUUUUCUAGUGUAUUUUUGUAAAUUAUGAAAGAUAGUUUGUUACUAUUUAUGCUAUUUAUAUGUGUAACUCUUUCUACCUUUGUCUAGUUUGCUGUCAAACACAAGACAAGUGUCCCCAGAUUUCAUACACUUAUUCAUAAAGUUAUAUAUAUAUAUAUCUCAGGAUUCAGCGUGACAAUCGUUGAAAGGAUUUUGUAUUUUCUUUAAAUUACCUUCACACAGUUGCUGUACACACAACUGUGGUUAUUAAUAAAUACCUUGUGAUCAUGGUUCCCUUGUCAUUUAUCAUUAGUCAGCUGCCAAGGAAACAGUCACACUUUUCCCCUGUGAAAUUUUCUCCAUUCUUACCAACAAUAUAUAUUUUUUUUUUUGGGUGAAAAUAAAGGAUUUUACCUCAAAUAAUUUGGGCGGUAAUGCCGCCUGACAAAUAAAGGUGUGUUUCGAGGAUGGUUUAACCUUCACCUCUGAGAUUAAAUGUGACAAUUCUAGUUGAAAAACUGAGCAGAAGGUUCGAGUGACAGCCUGAACUUGAAGCACAUUUUUCUAGCCGCAUGCAGAAAUGUCAUUUCUCAGCUGGAAAACCUCUCACUCUCCCGUCCUCCAGAGCCACAGGCAGAGAUUAGCUGAUCCUGCCGAGGCGACGCGAAGAAGAGAAAGUUCACGGUUGGCACGGAGCCGAGUGUUUGACAGACGUCUUAAUACAGAUUCAGUGAAACAAAAGAGCUUUUGUCCUCCGUCUUUCACGCCGAUCCUCUUGUAACAAUUAAGACUUCUGUGCGAGGAGGUGAGUAUAUCCCUCCUCGACCUGAAACGCUUAAGGAACUCUUUUGUCAUCACGCCGCCGCCUUGUUUGCCCCACUUGUGAGGAGGCCAUCUUGUUUUUGUUCCCUCUAAAAACAAUGAGCGUGUCCCCCUGCAAACAUCAGCCACCCGGGAGCAAGAUUACACACAUUAUUGUAACCAUUUCAGUUCUGUUUAUCCACCGUGGAGAGUGUCUAGCGCUUGUGUUUUUGUAUAACUGCCUUCAUAU